GCGGCCUGGGAACCUGCAAAGAAGUUCAUGCAUGCCCUUAAAUCUUUCCCCUGACAGCAACGCUCGGGCCCAUCACGGUUGCUGGGGACCCUCCCGCGGUAACCUAGUCAGCUGUGGGGUUCGUUGGAGGCUGGUCCGUUUCUGCAGUCGUGUAAACAUUGGUGAUUUAAUAUUUGCAUCUCGUCAGUUCCGUCCCUCCAAGCUUGGCGUCAACUGCCAAACUACAUUUUGUUCUUUGCGCCUCCCAUCCCCCAUCUCAACCUUCAUACAUCUCCUAAGGUUGGCGCCGCCCCUCCCUGGUUGCAGGUACGUCGCCCUUCACCUCGCGGUUUAUAAGUCUUUAUUAACCUGUUCAGUUAGUACUUUUAUCAACCUUCACCUCGAUUAUCCACCAGAUAUUGGUCUUCUUUGUUUUGCGAUAUUAGCCUCUUCGCCUGCUUUUCAGUUCGCCGACACAGACUGGUUAUCCUACACCAAACAUGGGAGAUAUCCAGAACUCUGCGCCCACUUUCGGCGCUAGGAAGAAUAUCGACCCCAGUCAAAAUGCCGUCAAGAGAUUGCAGACGGAGCUUAUGCAGCUAAUGACAUCGCCGGCGCCGGGCGUGUCUGCCUUCCCCUCUGCCGACGGCAAUCUCCUUUCGUGGCGGGCCACCAUCGAGGGACCUGAGGAUACCCCUUAUGCCGGCCUCACCUUCAAGCUUAGUUUUGAAUUUCCUGCGAAUUAUCCUUACGCGCCGCCUACGGUGCUGUUCAGAACCCCGAUCUACCAUCCCAACGUGGACUUUUCUGGACGCAUCUGUCUCGACAUCCUCAAGGAUAAGUGGACUGCUGCUUACAACACUCAGACCGUCCUGCUGAGCUUGCAAUCCCUGCUUGGAGAGCCGAACAACGCUUCCCCGCUCAACGGCGAGGCGGCUGAGCUUUGGGACAAGGACCCGGCUUUGUUCAAGACCAAGGUCAUGGACCGUCACAGGGACAUUGACGACGACUGAAGGCGAAAUGCAGGAACAGUUUAGGAGAGCAUUGGGUUAGGAGAAAAUUGGUUUGUUCAGGUUGGAAUCCCUGGCGUAUUGGUCUCUGGAACAGGAUUGCAUUAUCAGGGCGGGUUUGUUUAAUGGGUAUCCCGUUGUUGCUCGCGUCUGCUACCGGUUGCAGACUGGCUUUAUGAAGUACAUCAAGCAUUGGUUGUAAUGGACAGUAUAUCGUCCAUAGAGCGUAUCAUUUUUCAUGUCGAAGCCCCUGCCUGACCAUCUGCGACGCCCUCACACUGCGAUUGUCUUCCCUCAUCGUUGCUGGAGGCGGUUUGGUGGUAUCGAAGGUGCCGUGUUCCAUUUUACGAACCCUUUAUUCGUAAUGCGAAGCUAGAUGCCAUGCGAAAACUCCGGAAGCCCAAUGCCGCCCUGAACCU